UAGUAAAAUUAUUUUCUAGAUAUUUUCAAGAUUUUCCACUUUAUUUUUGUUUUAAAAUUUUCAAUUUUGCUUCUGCACCACUUUUUCUGAAGUCACUAAGAAAGACUUGUGUACUGCAGGCAACAAUGAAUAUAAUUUGACAGAAGCCAGUACUCUAUCACCAAAGGCAAAGCAAAGUUCACAAUGGCAACAAAGAGAGAUAAUGUGAGCAAAGCGAGAAUUUGUGUCCCCAAAGGCAUUUCAAUUGGCAAAAAUCAAGCUAAUUCGUCUUCUUUUAAGUGGAAAAAGAUUUCUCUGGGGCCAUUGGGAAGUUAAAAGAACUUUCUGUGAAUCUGUCUUCAAAGGACAUUCCAAGGAAAUGUCGUGAGUCAAAUUUACCCGAUUCAGAAGAUGAGCCGAUGCGACAAGAAAUGGAAAUGUUAGAAGAGUUUCACAGCUAUGAACUUUGCUGCAAGAGCCAAAAGACAAGGAUACUAGACUCAUUGAGUAGUACUGACACUGAAUCUCUCGCUCCUCCACCAUACAUGGCAGUGCUUAUGGAACAAAAAGAAAAACGAAGAAAGAAGUUCAAGGCUUCAGAGGAGAGAAUAGCUUUAAAAAUUGAAAAACUGAUUCGCGAAAUGUCUCCUGUUCACGUACCCAAAUCAAAGGGACGAAAAAGGUCUGAAGAGGAGAGAAUGGUUUUGGCAAUUGAAGAGAUGAUUGACGAGAUGCCUUCUGUUUACAUACCCAAAUCAGAGGGACCAGGUACACUCUAGGAGAGGAUGGUAUUAGGGUCUGAAGCUGAGAGAAGUCUGAUGAAUCCUUGAUCCUCUCGUGAUCUAUGUAAUUGGACUACCUGGUGAUGUUCUUCAUUACUUUUGCAAAGACUGAUUAUAAUCCGUUGUGACUUUGUUCCCCUUUUAGAUGAAGUUUAUCGUUUUUCAUAACUAUUUGACUAAUAACCCUUAUAAUCCGUGUAAA